AUGUCUACCAAGGAGAUUCGCACCUUAGCCAUUCGGUAUAGGUUCCCCGACCACUAUGACUAUUCUCUUUCCAUGGGUGGCUUUCCCCGGGAACAUGACAAUAAUGAAAUAGUUAUCUUCACGGAACACCUGAAGGUUGGGCUCUACUUUCCACUUCACCCUUUCAUUCUUGAAGCAUUAAAGUUCUAUGACAUUACCAUCAAUCAGUUGCACCUUAACUCUGUUCAUACCUUGGAUUUUCUGGCUGUUCUGCUAGUUGCUCUAGCUAUGGUUUGCUGUAUGCCAACAUGCUUGAAUGCAGAAAGAAAUUUGAUGGCGCAUACAAUCAACAUAAAUACGACAAGCCUUGGCAUUAAUAAAGGAGGCUCAACAAGCUUUAAUGUUGUACGUUAUGGAGCAGUUGGAGAUGGCAAAACAGAUGAUUCCCAGGCAUUUUUGAAAGCUUGGAACAUGAUGUGCUCAGCAUCAUCAGGCAUUCCUACCAUGGUUGUCCCAAAAGGACUCACAUUUUUGGUGAAGCCUGUUAUUUUUAAGGGUCCUUGCUUGAUAAUGGGAACCAUAAUUGCCCCCAACACAACUGAUACAUGGAAGGGGAUUGACCAAAGCCUAUGGAUGGCUUUCACUUCUGUAAGUGGACUCAGAGUCAGUGGAUCUGGAGUCAUUGAUGGACGGGGUUCUGGUUGGUGGGAUCAGUCAUGCAGAUAUCAUCCUGGGAAUGGAUGCACUAAAUUGGCACCAACUACGAUGAAAUUCCUCAAGUGCAACCAAAUCCAUCUCAGCAAUGUUCAGUUCAUCAAUAGCCCACAAACUCAUGUCCUCGUCAUGGGAUGUACUGGGUUUUAUAUCAAUGGAAUUGCCAUAAAUUCACCUGGACAUAGCCCAAACACUGAUGGUAUCCACAUCCAAUCAGCCCAAGACAUGUUAAUCCAACACACAAAAAUAAGCUCUGGUGAUGAUUGUAUCUCUAUAGGGGAUUACACUUCAAAUAUUGUGAUCAAUGAUGUUAUUUGCGGUCCAGGUCAUGGCAUAAGCAUUGGAAGCUUAGGUAAGGAUGGUUCAUUCUCCAAAGUAGAGAAUAUUCAUGUUAGAAAUGCCUCUUUUACCAACACGACCAAUGGAGUGAGGAUCAAGACAUGGCAGACGGGAAAAGGUUACUGUAAAAAGAUUUCAUUCAAGGGAAUAAACUUCAGCAAUGUAGAAAACCCUAUAAUUAUUGAUCAGAAUUAUUGCAGUGUACGUGGUGCAUGCAAAGAAUUGCCUACUGGUAUCCAAAUAAGCGAUGUUCAAUAUGCCGAUAUGGUUGGAACCUCAAGCACAGAAGUGGCUAUCAAUUUCAAUUGCAGUUCCUCAUUCCCUUGCACCGGAAUAUCAUUGAAGUCUAUAAAGUUAUCAUCGGCGACUCCUGGACAAAAAGUUAGUUCCGCUUGCAAUCAUGUCCAUGGAAAUGUAACUGGGCUGCUCAUACCCAAUGUUCUUUGUAUUCAAAAUUAA